UCUUGUUUUUCUUCGUGAUGCUCGUUCUUGAAUCGUCCAGUUUUGUCGGCGGGCGCCUGCGUCUGGAGUGAGUGCGUUGGAAACGGUUCCGAGCGGAGUAGAGACGAGCUGUGCGACGUGGAGAACGCAGUAGUGGUUGGUCAUCGUUCUAGGAGUGCUCUCGCGUGCCCUUGCAAAGUGAGUGUGAGAUCGCGUUGCUAAUCCCCGAGUGACUCAUCGGAAUCUCUGUCGCCUGCACCGUACACAGCGGAUUGUGCAGAAUGGUGAUCAAAAUGUACGUCUCCGGCAUCUCUGCCAGCAAGGAGGUUAAAAAGAAUCAGCAGAGAGCCUUAAUGAUCUUGGAGUCGAUAAAGGUGCCAUUUGAGAGUAUCGAUAUCACUGAACCUGGCAAAGAAGAAGACAGGGACUUCAUGAAGGAGCACUGUAAGAAGGUUGAUGGUGUUUGCACACUCCCUCCACAUUUCUUCAACGAAAAGGAAUACUGUGGGGAUUAUGAAGACUUUGAUCAGGCCACAGAAGAGGAUAGGCUGAUCCUUUUUCUGAAGCUUGACCCUUCAGAGUACAACCUGAAUGGAUCAAGUAUCGUUCCUGAAGGUGUGGAACCCAUUGUCAUGCCUGGUGACAAAGGUGAGGGAGAGACAGAGUCUGGUAUGGUGAAUGGUGCUCGUGAGGAAGGCGCACACGAAGGUGGUACUGGGGACCGCGAUGAAAACAUGGAUGUCGGCGAUGACAGCAAGGAACAGAAACCAGAAGGCGGAACAGAGGAAGGAGAUGCCGAAGAAAAGGGCAAAGCUGAUGAAGGUGCUGAAAAUGUUGAAGAGGAGAAACAGGAAGAUGUUGAGAAAGAUGAGGGUGGUACUGGAGGUGACGAAGUUGAGGGCAAAGGUGACGAAGAAGAAGAGAACGAAGGUGCUCCGAAUGAUGAACGUGAGGAGAAGGCCGAUGAUGAUGAAAUGAAAGCAGAUGAUGAAGUAACAGAAGAGCAGAGUGGCGAUAAAGAAGAUAUGGUGGAUGUUGAAGAGGAGAAAGAAGAGUGAUUCUAUCAUGCCGUUUAGGAAGAUAAAGAAUAAUAGGAAUGUGCUGGCCUUGUGUACAUUUCAACACAAUUUUCAAUUGUGUUCAGUGUGGAGGAACGGCAGAGGUCGGAUGUCUGUUUUGUUUGAGUGUGUAUACGAUGGUAAUGUGUGCCCUGGCAAGAACACUGCCAUCAGCAGUUAGGAAUCAAUUUUGUAUUGGACAGGCUGUCAUUGAUGCACAAUGCAUUACAUAAAGCUGUUGCCCUGGCCAUUACAUGCUGUUUAAUUUCACUUAACUUUUAUAGUGUGAUAAAUUGCUGGAGAGUCUAUAUUAGGUUUACAAUGCAUUUAUAAAUUUGACAUUCAUUUUUGUUUGCGCUUUUUCUUUGCUGCUGUAUAGGACAAAAAAGCUGCAUUUUGGCAAAGUAUGAAAGCUUUUAACUACUUUGUCGUGCAUGUCCUGUGGCUGUGCACUUCAAAUGAUGAUACUCUUAGGGGUUGAGCGCAAAGGACUGAGACACAUGAAAGAAGCACUCUUUAGGGCUCAACCCUUACCAGUAUGACAAACCAAGCCCGCCUUGCUGCCCUAAUAGAGUUAAGAUGGUAAACUUUGCAAUAUGGCCAGAAGCAGCAAAUAAGGAUACUUGAUCAAACACUUGCCUUACUAUAUAAGAUGUAACUGAUUAUGUGCUCAAUUUUUUUUAUGCUUGCGUAUUUGUAUAUACCAUUUCAGGUACAAGCUGUGCCGCAAUUGCUGUAAAAAAAGCCUUUUUCUAGGAUUGAAUUAAUUACAACUUAAUAAAGUGGUUUGCUGUAGAGAUGACAUUCUAACAAUGUUUCUUUUUUCUUACAGCAUGACCGUUCGUGUGCACCCAAAGCCUGCACAACUACCACUGCCUGAACAAAUGUUUUGCCAUCGUGUCUACUAC